UGCACCUGCCGCGCGCCCCACGCGCACCAGCCGCGCGCACCUGCCCCGCGCACCUGCCCCGCGCACCUGCCAGGCCCCAGCAUGGCGGACCAGGCGCCCUUCGACACGAAUAUCAGCACCCUGACCCGCUUCGUCAUGGAGGAGGGCAGGAGGGCUGGUGGCACCGGCGAGAUGACCCAGCUGCUCAACUCGCUCUGCACCGCGGUCAAGGCCAUCUCCUCGGCCGUGCGCAAGGCGGGCAUCGCGCAUCUUUAUGGCAUUGCUGGCUCCACCAACGUGACAGGUGACCAAGUUAAGAAGCUUGAUGUCCUCUCCAAUGACCUGGUUGUGAACAUGCUAAAGUCGUCCUUUGCCACCUGUGUGCUUGUGUCUGAAGAAGACAAACAUGCUAUCAUAGUAGAGCCUGAGAAGAGGGGUAAAUAUGUGGUCUGUUUUGAUCCUCUGGAUGGCUCUUCCAAUAUUGACUGCCUGGUGUCCAUCGGAACGAUUUUUGGUAUUUACAGAAAGAAAUCCACUGAGGAACCUUCUGAGAAGGAUGCUCUGCAGCCCGGCCGGAACCUGGUGGCUGCCGGCUACGCUCUCUAUGGCAGUGCCACCAUGUUGGUCCUCGCCAUGGAGAGUGGGGUCAACUGCUUUAUGCUGGACCCGGCCAUCGGAGAGUUCAUUUUGGUGGACAGGAACGUGAAGAUCAAAAAGAAAGGUAACAUCUACAGCCUUAACGAGGGCUACGCCAAGGACUUUGACCCUGCCAUCGCUGAGUACGUCCAGAGGAAAAAGUUCCCCCCAGAUAAUUCAUCUCCUUACGGUGCCCGGUAUGUAGGCUCCAUGGUGGCUGAUGUUCACCGUACUCUUGUCUAUGGGGGAAUCUUCUUGUACCCUGCUAACAAGAAAAGCCCUAACGGAAAGUUGAGACUGCUGUAUGAGUGCAACCCUAUGGCCUUUGUCAUGGAGAAGGCAGGGGGAUUGGCUACCACCGGGAAGGAGGCUAUAUUAGACAUCGUUCCCACGGACAUCCACCAGAGGGCGCCAGUCAUCUUGGGGUCCCCUGACGACGUGGGGGAGUUCCUGGAGAUAUAUAAGAAGCACUCCACCAAGUGAAGAGCUGGCCUUGACUG